AUUGGUGAAGAAAGCAACCAGGCGACGGCGGACGUUGUUGCUCCAUCUGUCUCAUUGUCCAGCCGGCCUGCUGGAGGACACCCUCUCGCUCCGGAAGACGCUUGGAUGGAGCGACGUUGGCUCCCGAUUUGUGUCCGUUUCACCUGCAGCGUUUCUCCUCAUCUCCUCAGCCAGGAUUUAAAUAUGCAGAAAUGAGACACCCAGGUCUGACUGGCUCUGGUGGAGCUUUGUGAAGGAGCGCUGCUCGGCCCGGUGUGCUGGAUGUCUGUGACGGAUCCAUGGGCCAGAAGGACCAUGUGGAGGCGGGAGCAGUCCUCCACCUGGCACCGCACCUGGAGUAUCUCCACGUAGCAGGGACCGACCGGCAGGCUGGCGGCCUUGACGGACCCCCUGCUAUGGAGGAGCAGGCGGAGAACUUCACCACCACCGCCACUGUUGGUUCCCCUCCGGAGGAGAGCGGUGGGUCUGACGGCGAGCGCAAGACGGCGCCGCCGGCCACAGCAGACUCGGAGAGAGGAGAGGUCAGCUACACUUCCAGUAAAAACACCCACCAGCCGCUGUGCCGCACGCCAUGUGUAGACCUGGGCACGGAGGGGCCUCCGGAGCCUCCGUCGGUUCCCUCAGGAGAACCGGAGCGGGAACCGGCCGACUCCCCCGCACCAGAACCAGAGCCCAAACUGGCGGGGAAGGACUACCAGGCGAAGCUGGAGUUUGCCUUGAAGCUGGGUUACUCUGAAGAGACUGUGCGCCAGGUGCUGUCCAAGCUGGGACCCGACACCCUCAUCAACGACAUACUGGGCGAAUUGGUCAAACUGGGCACCAAACCUGACGGCGAGCAGCCAGCGGGAACAUUGACCUCUACCUCAUCGUCUUCAUCAUCCUCGUCUGAUGUGCUGGACGGGCAGAGAUCGGACUCUCCACUGCCCUCGGAGUCCGUCUGUGACCAGGACAACCUGCGACCGAUCGUGGUGGACGGCAGCAACGUGGCCAUGAGUCAUGGCAACAAGGAGGUGUUUUCCUGUCAGGGCAUCCAGCUGGCUGUAGACUGGUUUGUGGAGCGCGGCCAUCAGGAAAUCACGGUUUUCGUGCCUGCUUGGAGGAAAGAGCAGUCCCGCCCUGAUGCUCCAAUAACGGAUCAGGAGAUCCUGCGGCGCCUCGAGAAAGAAAAGAUCCUGGUCUUCACCCCCUCACGGCGCGUCCAAGGUCGGCGCGUGGUCUGCUAUGACGAUCGCUUCAUCGUCAAGCUGGCUUAUGAGUCAGAUGGCAUCAUCGUCUCCAAUGACAACUACAGAGACCUGGCUAAUGAAAAGCCUGAGUGGAAGAAGUUCAUAGACGAGCGGCUGCUCAUGUAUUCUUUUGUCAAUGACAAAUUUAUGCCUCCAGAUGACCCCCUCGGACGUCACGGCCCCAGCCUGGACAACUUCUUGAGGAAAAGGCCAAUCCUGCCUGAGCAGAAGAAACAACCCUGUCCAUAUGGGAAAAAGUGCACGUACGGCCACAAGUGCAAGUACUACCACCCUGAGAGAGGAGCGCAGCCUCAGCGCGCCGUGGCCGAUGAGUUGCGUGCCAGUGCCAAGAGCUGCGUCCCCUCCAAGAACCAGGGCGAUACUGGACUGGUGAAGAGCCACAGUGUGCCAACUGGUACCAUCGAGGCAAAAAGCGGUGCCCCAAAAAGGCAAUCAGAUCCCAGCGUCCGAGCUCUGUCGUACAGCGACGCCGAGGAAAAGCUGCUGGCGAAAAGUAGACUAGAAAGCCAGAAGAGCAACGUGGGAGCAGGUGGGAGCAGCAGCAGCAGUUCUAGUAGCAGCAUCGGCUGUAGCGGAGGUUUAGCUGUGUCUUCAUCCCUGGCAGGACCGACACCUGGUUUUGGUCUUUUGCAAGACCAACAGUCCAGAUCAGGGACACAUCUACCGGCCCCCAGCCAUGAUCUCUACCCUCACUGUGAGACUCCAGACUUAAGCUACUACUCUGUGACACGGGCCUACUGCGGCCUGAGCCUCUCCUCCCGACGAAGCCCGGACUGCCGCUACCCCAACGAUCCGGAGCUGCGGCACGGCUCGAUGGGCUCCGCAGGUUCUGAAUGCGGGAGCGAAAGCAGCAUCAGUUGCGGUAGCAGCGACUCGUAUAGCGACCGAUCUUGUCCCGGAUGCCCCCCAGAACCUUUACUAGAAGAAAGCGUUCAUUUCCCCAACCCUGCCGGCCGCCUGUACGCUCAUCACAUGGCUUCUAACCACGAGCUGUGCAGUCUGCAUGCGGCAGAUUACCCAAGCAUCCAACACAACCACACCUCUAAUCCAGCCGUCCAUUCCUACCAUCUGAAUGCUGCGUGUGGACAGAGCUGUCUUCAUGAGCAGCCAGAGGGGCCCCCUAAGCGGCCCCUUUACCCUCUGCCUCCUCACCUCCAACACCAGCCGCUAGCUGCCCGCUCCAGCUGCCCCGGCGACUACCACUCUCUGCCUCAGUCCAACCAUCAACCCCCUGGAUCUCCCAUUGGCCGCUGCCUGGCCCCCACUCGCAGCGAAAGCGUGUCCGACUCGCAUCUGUACGAACAUCUCUCCGCCUCUCACCACCACCAUCGACCCAAAACGCUGCCCAGCUGGGAGACGUAUUACAGACAGCCGUCGCUCCCACCAUCAAGGUACGAGCCGUCGGCCUACCAGAGUCUGCCUGAUACGCAUCAGUCGUCCUGGCACCCGGCACCGUGGCCUCAAGAGGGCUACAGCUCGUCUCACCCAGCUCUGCACCCGUCCCCGACACGUUACUUAGGCCACCCGCCGCCACCAGCCCUCUCUCCCCACCCUCCUUACCCGCCUCACAGCUCCCAUCUCGCUCUUCUGUCGCACCCUCCCCCUCCGUACGGGCCGCAGCACCCCGAGUCCCCCGUGCACUGCCGCUACGAAGACGUGAGGGAGAAGGCGUACGUCGACCUUUGCAACAUCUUCCCCUCGGAGCUGGUGAGGCGUGUGAUGGCUAGGAGCCCCCAUGUCACGGACCCCCAGCAGCUGGCUGCCGCCAUCUUGGCAGAGAAAGCUCAAAGUGGCUACUGAAGAAUCCCCUUCUGUUUGGACAAGCAAAGAAAUAAGUCAAGAACUUUUAAGCAGUGUAGGUGCAGUAUUAUAAUUAUAAAAAUGUUCUGUAUGGGUGUCAAAUAUGACGUCAAAAAGCUUUAAUUUAAUCAAACAUGCAUGAAAAAAUCAAGGCAGCUCUCCAGGUAUGUUUUUGAAGAGGGAAUAACAUCAUAACUUGAUGUAAAGCUCUAAAAAGUCUAUUUUACAUAACACUGCCCCUUUAAAGAAAUGCCUGGAAGAUGCUGAUAAAAAAAUGCAGCUCUGACCUCUGUAGGAACAGUCAUCUUUGAGAUGCCGCAGUUUUACAUCGAAAUUGUAACUUUGUCAGCUGCUACAUUAAUGAUCAAUUAUUAAACAUUGUACUCUUGCUAACACAAAAUACUGAUUUAAUGCUUUUCUAGGAUGCUAAAACACGUUUUCAGCUUUGUAUCCCAAACUGCUGGCAUUUCCUACGGAGUGUUUUGUCUGUAUGUAAUUAUGAUGAAGUUGAGCUACAGGACACUUGGCUAACAUUUAAUAAUUCACUUACUUUACUCUUUGUGCUUCAAAGAACAUGAAUCCUAAUUUUGCAGUCCGGUGUGGGAAACACUUUUAUAUCACGUUGUUGAAGGUGUGCCACCGACGUCAGUAAGAAUUAGCUUCGACUGAAUAAGGCCGUGUAUUUACAGUUUAAUGAUCUUUAUGCUACAGUUCACUCUCUGGUACCUGUAUCAAUCUUUUUGUGUGUGUUGUGUUGUUUGCUGGGUUUUUAAAAAAAUAAUUGUUAAAAAAAAAAUAGGGUGUUCAAAAUGUCGUCUUAUUGAGACGGCAGUCUUUUUCGGUCAGAGUUGUAAGCCGUAGAGAUGGGUGACCCUGUCCUGUGUACCUUAGUUUUAGUAAGGGACGUCUCUCUCAUGCUCUCUCUCUGUAAGCCCCAGACUUUUGGGUCAACUCUGGUUGUCUGCUUCAGUUCAGGCGCAGCAAGUGUAAAUAUAUUUAACCGUUUCCUUGGCUUUGCUUUCAGGGCAGUAGAGUCUGCUGUCGUCUGGAGCGGAUCCCAGCUGAAUUCACGCUAGACGGAGAAAAACCCUGUUUGAUACAAAUUGUAUCAUGAACUAAGUCGCUGACAUUAUAUACAGUACAUGGACUUGUUGAUGUAACACGAAAUGACAAAGUGCAUUGACAAGCGUCCUGUUUUAAUCCCAAUUUUACAAUUUUUAUUCUUAAAAAUAGCUUUGCGACAAUUCAUUUGAAUAUAUAUUUUUUGAAAAUUAGUUGCAGACCUACUAUGUUUAGGUAUCAACUACAUUACUACUUGUUUUCUUUGGGUUUUGUUAUUGGCUACGCUGGUAAAGAUGUGUAAGAAGAAACCAAUUUUACAUUUAGACAAUUGCAAUAAACGAGGAAAAAGUACAAAUUUCACAUUUUUGUUUAACAUAAUGGGUCUUUUUACACAUGGAUAGCAGGGUGAAGCUGGUGUAAAUAACCAUUAAAGGAACAUUUAGUGAUUGACAGCCUGAUUUUACUCUAAGGUUGGGAUCGCUACGUUUUUAAAUCUCCAUUCUCCGUUUAUUGCCGUUGUUUUGAUUUAAGUAACACAAGUUGUAAUGAAAGAACUUAAAACAAUUUCUCCGAAGUCAUGAAUUCAGUAGAGUUCAUUCAUGAUUAAAAUAAUAUUUAGAUGAUAUCCCUGUGGCCAUUUUGAAUUUCUCCAACGCCCAAAUAGCAUUAUUUUCAUCACACAUACUCAACCUAUACUUAUUUACCAACUCUAUUUGAUUAGACCAUUUAUUUGGGGCAGACAAGAUAAUGAUGAUGUUUUCUAAAUCCCAGUGGGACGCAUGGUUAUUUAUAUAUAGUCAAAACUUAAGUAAUUUGAUGAGCAGUUUUUAAUAUUUUAUUUGUGAAAUACUAUAAAGCUCUGAGCAUGGUUUUGAUGAAAUUUUCUCCAGAUUUGUUUCUACCCUGAUGAUGUUUUGCCAUGUAGUUGUGAAAAAGCACUUAGAAAAAAAAAGACAAAAGGAGAUUAUAUUACUUGAAAAGGCCAAACAUUUAAAUUAGAAAGAAUUCAAACCCCCAUUUGAAGUUCAAAAUGGCCACCAAGGAGGGUAGCUUGAGUGAGCCUUGUUACAAGCUUGCUUCAUAGACCACAGUGAGACAUUUUACAAAUAUCUGUGUAACUGUACAAUAAUACUGAGAGAGAAUUAUUUGUGUUUAUUGAAGAAGCGCCUUCCCUCCGGCUUCCUGGCACCGUGUGUCAGUGUGGCGACUGAGCGUGGGCCCAAAGUAAUGCCUCUUCGUGGCAUUGUGCUUAUGACACAUCCGAUAAUCUGAACUAUGUUCAGCUAACUAAUAUGCAUGAAGAUUUUUUUUUUUUAAUUCUUCAUUUUCUGCAUGAGUUGUUUUUGUCUUGCCAUGAUGUUACUGACAGGCCUGUAGGUUUAAUUGUUUGCUUGCUUGUAAAUUUUCUGAGCAGCUACAACAGACCAGGAUGCUUUAUUUAUAGUGGACACUGACCAUGAAGGGGGCGUCACCUCCUGUCCUCUUUACUGCAUCCUGUGGCAACAUCUGACUUGUAAGUAUUUUAAAAUUGACUUCGGAGGCUAAAAGUCCAGUUUCACAUUUGUUACAUUUUCUCAAGAAACUAACAAAGUGAAAACUUCAACUGUAAUUGUGAUUGUUGAAUAAAGGCAACAUACUGCUCUAAAAUA